AGGCUGGCUUUGAACCACGAUCCUCAGAUCUCAGCCUCCUGAGUAGCCGGGAUGCCAGGCUGAGCUGCCUCGUCCGGCCUCUGCUCUGCUUUCUGCUGGCAGCUCUGAGUCAUGGACUUUCUGGCCCAGGCUGGCUUUGAACCGCCAUCCUUCCAUGUUGGCCCCUGCUUUUCGUUGCUUGGAAGACAUCCAUCCUGGCAGGCCCGUCCUGGUUCUCGGGUCCCCUGCCUCGGUGUUCCCAGUGCCCCAGGGCCCAGGCUGCUCCAGGGGGGCCCAAUGGGGCUGCCAGCGGCUGGCCUGCGCCUGCUCUCCCUCCUUGUGCUGUCCCAGCAGGGCGCCUCCUGCCCCGACCGAGGGUGCUGCUUCCAGGAGCUUCCCCCGCCCUCCGCGGCCCCGAACCCAGGGCUCUCUGCAAGCCCUGACUGGGGCCCCAGGGACCUGAGCUGCUACCGCACACCCGGCCGCGGCUACCAGUGCUCCUGGCGCUACGAGGGGCCCACGGCCCAGCUCCGCCACUUCCUGAGGUGCUGCAUGCACGACGCGUGCGGCAGCCGGUGCUGCUGCUACUUCGAGGCGGCCGCCGGGGCCACGCGGGUGCAGUUCUCGGAGCAGGACGGCGUGUCCGUGCUGUCCAGCGUCUCGCUCUGGGUGGAGUCGCGGGUCGGGAACCAGACGGCGCGGUCGCCCGAGCUCCGGCUGCGGCUCUACCGCUGGGUGAGGUACGACCCGCCCGACAGAGAGGCCAUCGCGGUGAGCCGCACCGGGCAGACGCUGAGGCUGGAGUGGGAGGCCCAGGUCGAGGCGGACGCGGUCCAGGCGCAGCUCCGGCGCCGGACGCCCCGUGGCGACUGGCAACAGGCCGACUGCGGCCCUCAGGACGAGGCCGGCCCAGAGUCCUGCCCAUGCCCUCUGCUCCCGGACGCGGCCCAGGAGAUCCAGGUUCGGCGGCGGCGCCUGGAGCGGUCGGGGGCCGCGGGAGGCCCGUGGAGCAGCUGGAGCGGCCCGGUGUGCGUGCCCCGCGGCGACCUGCGGGCCCCCGACGUGAGCUUUGUGGAGGAGCCGCUGGGCCUCGAUGGGACGCGCUUGGUGUCAGUGCGGGAGCAGCCGCCUGAGCCCGAGCAGCCCGAGGGCUGCCGGGACGCCGCAUCGGGCGCGCGGGUCUCGCACUGGGUGCGUGUGCACAUGCGGUCCUGCGGGUGCCGGCCGCAGCCCGCGAGCGAGGAGCGCCUGGCGCGGGGCCUGCGCCUCUCGGGGGCCGCCUACGACCUGGACGUCUUCUCCCGCAGCCGCUUCGGCCGGGACCCCCCCCAGAAGUGGGCGCUCCCGGCCCGGGACCCCGCAGGGCGCUUGGAGCUGACCGCGGGCGCCGGGGACGCCGCCCUGCGGUGGCCGGCGCGGGCCCCGGGCACCACCUACUGCCUGGAGUGGCGGCCGCACGCGCGGGCCGGGCCGGCCGGGGCCCCCGCGCACUGCGAGCUGACGGCCCCCGCCGGACGGCGGCCCGGCGGGCGUGGGAGUUUUCCGGGGGAGGGCGCGGCCGGCCCCCCGCCCAGCGCCCGCCUCCGUCCCGCAGUGAGCCUCCGCUGGGCCCCGGCGGGGCCCCAGUGCUACCGCGUCGCCGUCUUCGCGUCCGAGCGCCCGGACAACGCCAGCGCCUGGGCCUCGGUGGCGUCCCGCCACUUCUUCUGGGGCAACCACCUGGCGGCGGGGUCCCCGCAGCAAGUGCGGGUGAGCGGCCUGGACGGCGCGGCGCCAGCCGUGUCCUGGACGAACUCCACGCUCGCGGACUGCCCCGGAGCUCUGCUCCGCUACGUGGUGCGCUGCGGGGACGACGCGGGGAGCGCAACAGAGCUGCAAGUGAAGCCCCCCGAGACCCGCGUCACCCUCCACGGCCUGCGGGCGGGCGCGCUGUACACCGUGCAGGUGCGCGCGGACUCGGCCUGGAUGCGGGGCGCCUGGAGCCCGCCCCAGCGCUUCCGCCUCGAGCCCGAGACCUCCCACGCGUCCAUCAUCCUGGCGUCUCUGGGCAGCUUCGUGGGCAUCCUCCUCCUGGGCGCCCUCGGGUACCUGGGCCUGAACAGGGCGCUGUGGCACCUGUGCCCGCCGCUGCCCACACCCUACGCCAGCACUGCCGUGGAGUUCCCCGGCAGCCAAGGGAAGCAGGCCUGGCCCUGGGCGGACCCCGGCGGCCUCCCGGAGGAGGCGCACCCGGUGCAGACGCUGGUGGUGAUGGCCUGGGAUGAGGCGGAUGCGACCGAAGCUCCGGAGGGAACGGGCGCCUCAGAGGCCCGGAUCUCCGCCCGCGUGGCCGGGCUCCCGCUGCUCCUCGCGGACCGACGGCAGGGCGCCCGCGACGGUGCCGGCCCGGGGCCGCCCCGGACGGCGGAGGACGGGCGGGCACCGUCCGCCUCGGGCCCCGGGGCGGGGCCCUGACAGCUGGGGCGUCGGGCCCGGUGGAGCCCCGCGGCCCCGCCCGCCGCGUCCCCCUUACCUCCGAGCAGUUGCCACACUUCCUUCCGGUGAUGGGAACCCUGGAAACCGCGGGAGACGGCGGUUCCCCAGCCGGACCUGCCUGCAGGGGCGGGGCAAGCCCUGUGAUUGGCCCAUUCCGGGUCGGGGCGUGGCCUUGGCGUCCUCCAGGGAGGGGCGGGGCCUGCACGGGUGGGAGACGGGUCCCCAGCGCGGCCCCGGAGCUGGGCGGCGGGCGGACUGACCUGCGGCGCCGGUGGCCCUGCCCCGUCCGCCAGCAGACACUGUCCACCCGUUCACGCAUUCAUCCGUUCAUUGGCUCA